CCAUAACAACGCUGUUAUAUUGACAAAUCUCGGUAACCACCGGAAAGUUUGUGUCAAUUGGGUUUAUUUCAGUGACGUUGUCAGUUUAUUUUACAAAACUGAUAUUUCUUAUUUGCUGAAGAUUGCCGAAGAAGAUCCUGCAAGAUGAGCGUUAGGUGCCCUGAUCUCCCAUUUUUACCUGGGUAUACUUUUAAUCCAAAUAUUGGACGUACGAAAUUUAAUAUGGAUCCAAAAUUCGAUUUCAUCGGUAAAGGUAACCGCGCCCUGGUGGAGAAGGUAAAACCAAACAUGUUUGGUCCACUCUCAGAUAAGUACCCAUCAAUUUACCCUAGAGGAGAAUGCGUCGAGUUACCUGGAUGGAUUGUAUUCGAUAAGAAAAUUCUCACUUUCGACGCGUUCUUUCAAGAAUCCUUAGAAGAAGUUAAGGGUUCUCCGUUUCAAAUAAGAAAAGUGAAAAUAUACUAUUUCCUUGAAGAUGGCACAAUACAGGUUGUUGAACCUAAAGUGGAGAACAGCGGUAUUGCUCAAGGUACGUUGAUUUGUCGUCAACGUAUUCGCCUGCCUGCACCAAUGGAUGCAAAUUUCUACGAUAUUAUUGACUUUAACGUUGGAAGAGAAAUCGAAUUUUAUGGACGUGUAUUCAAAAUUACCAACUGUGACAAAUUCACUCGAACUUUUUUGAAUAGGUGCGGAAUAGCUGUUCCCGACCCAAUAGUUGCACCGACAGAUCCUUACUUGAUUAUAAGGGCGCAUGAAAGAGAUGCAAUGCAACCCAGAAGGCCGAAUAGGGCGGUGGAUACACUUGGAAAGUUCUUGGCGAACGAUAAAAAGGUACUUCACUUCCUGGCCUACUGGGAUGACCACGACACCGAAUAUGGUUACAUACACAACUUAGAAAUCAGAUACUACCUAGCUGACGAUACCAUAGAAAUCAAGGAACUCCAAUCGGAAUCUGGGGGUGAGCCCGGUUUCAUUUUCCUGAGACGCGGCAAGCUGCCCAAAGUCUAUAAGGAACUACCAACUCCUGGAGCUGACACCGAUUACACAAUUCUCAAUGUGCUUGGUUCAGCACUCACCAGCCGUAGGUAUAUUGUUGAUCCGCUGAACUGUGGAAAGGAGAAGGUUGACUACUAUACAGAUAAGGAUCUCAGUAUAGGAGCCGUUCUCAAUUGUUACAAUAGAAGAAUUAUCCUCAUUGACUGCGACCAGUAUACCAGGGACUAUUACUCAGCAAAAUAUGGUAUCAGCGAGUUCAACCCCCUUCCGCUACCUGGCUCUAAACGAGAAGUGAAAGUGAUUCCACCACCGAGGAAUAGAGAGCUACCGCCGUGGAACGGUUUUGGCACUCACGAGGAUUCCGCGCAGAACUGCAUCACGGUAGAACCGAAAGCCCCUCAUAGGGAUUUCAAGAAAUUCCUCAUGUAUGACAGGAACGGUCUGGACAGCCACAUACUGCGAUUCCAAGCCAGACUGAAGUCGAAGAUCCCCGAGAAUUGCGAUAGAAUAUUUAUAAUCAGUUAUUAUCUAGCUGAGGAUACUAUAUCCGUUUAUGAAGUUGGCAGGGGUAAUUCAGGCUUCAAGUCGUCGAUGUUUCUCGCAAGAGAGAAGGUGAAACUUCCCGGACAAAAGAUGUUCACCAGCAAGCCUCCAGAAUGCUAUACUGCUCAACACAUGUUCAUCGGGGCCACACUAAUCAUAAACGGAUUCGAGUUUGUUCUCACUGAUGCUGACGAGUAUGCGCUCAGGUUUAUGGAGCUCAAUUGCAAUAUGUUUCCUCAAUCUGAUAUUAAGAAAAUAAUGGACAAGGUACGCGAGAAACUGCGGCCGAUCUACAAAGACUUCAUUAAAGAAAAUCUACCCGAAGAAACUCCGCAGAUCUCGUACGACAAGUUGCGGGCAAAGUUGUGUCGUAUUAUGGGCGAAGACUUUACGGAGCAUGAAAUGGUUACCAUCGCGAGGGCCUUCAAUGCUGUUUGUUCCAAAGAAAGAUAUGACAAGGAUAAAAUCAGGGCGAUCGCUCUAACAGAACUGAAACGCUACCUUUGGGAUGACUUGGACAGGUUGAGAGAGUACUUUCUUCAAAGAGAUGCUACUAGAUCAGGAAAAUUGUCUCGUAAAGAUUGCUAUACAUUGCUUAAGGCGUGCCGAUUGCCGUUUGACAGUCAGCUGAUCAAUAGAAUUUUGGAUGUGACUGAAAAAGACGAUAACUGCAAUUUACUCUACGAAGAUUUGUUGAAAUUCUUAGACAGGAAUUACUGUCCAACACGCGAUGUUCCUCCUAUUAAUAUCAAGUAUGACUUGUGGUGGGGUUCCGAACGAGAGCUCCGACCCGGUACGAUGAUUGAUUGGUGCGCGUUCAAUAAGUACCUGAAUUUGGAGUCGACCUUCAAGGAGGUUAUCGGCGAGGACACCCUGAAAGCUUUGCAGACGAAAUACAAAAAGGAAGUAGAAGAGCGUGAAGACGAUAAGGAGCGCGAAGAAGAGAACGAGGAAGAAGGAAAUGAACAUGAUCGAACUGCCGGAUGUCACUAGUAUUAACUACUUUAUAUUUAUGUAAAGCGUGAUGAAAUAUACGGGUUUUUACACAG